CUAAUUCCUUUCGUUUUCCCAUGCCAAGAUUGACCGGGGCUCCAGUGGAAAUUUCCUUCCCGGCAUAGUGGAGUUAACUGGGGAAACCUGGCAUAGCGAGCGAGUGUUUUUAUCUUUGGAGAAUGCGAUACAUUUGGACUAAAAAAAUAUGCACUAGCAUUAUUUAACGUGCAUUCUCUUUCUUAAACACUAUUUGACCUCCUCUGCCAGAGUCUCCCUGUAUUAGGGAAACUCUCUAGGAUCACUCUCUCGGUUUCCGAAUUGGCGUAUCCCUCUGUUUCCUCUUGCCUGCUAAUAACUAAAGAAUAUUGCGUGACUAACUGUCGAGUGUCGUCUUGUGCAUAUGGCAAAUUAUCUCCUUGAGGACUGCUUACAGUGAAUUUUUUUUUGUAUGAAACGAUAAAAAUUCAAUCCCAUUUUUACAAAGACUUCACCAUAGGAUAGUAUGCUACAUUUUUAGGAAAAGUUCUUGGAAAUAAUGUGGAAAAAGAAAGAAAGCGACGAAAAGAGUUCACAUAUACAACGAUUUUUCUCGUAAAAUCUGGCAAUGAUUAACGUGCUCAGCUACUAUAUGUCAUUUCCUGUUCAAUUUGAUACACUCAAGUUAUCGCGCACAAGUUUCUCCUUAAGCCGAUCGCAAGGGCACUUUCCGAUUUACAUGACAGCUACAGCAUCCUAAAAUUUACCAAAGAAAGCAAACGAUCUGGACUUUUAGACGGCAAAUUCAAACGGGUCGUGAUGUUCUCAGAGAUCGUUUGCCGAGAAUGGAAUUCUAUUCGUGUGAGGUUCUGGAGUAUUGGUUACAAAAAGCGGCUUUCUCUUCUGAUUCUUCUGCUCUUACUUCUGGGAUGUUUUCUAGUCUGGUCUUCGCUUAUGGUGGAUUUAUCUGACCUGAAAUUUACGCAAGAGAAAGACGAUGGUGUUAAUGACAGUAGCGUAUGGGAUAAAUGGGUUAUCGCAAACGGACUGCGAGCCAUUGGAGACAUCUACGAUAGCUGUGAUCACAAUGAGGUGAGGAAAAAGAUCGGAAAGAUUAUCAUUCAUUAUGACCCAACGGAGAGGAGAGUAAUAGGAACAGCAGUUGCGAAUUUUACAGCAAAAGUCAGCUUAAAAGGUGGUGUAGUGCAUGUAGUGGCUCAAUUUGAAGGCAGAACUCUGUAUGAUGUCAAACACAAUGUCUGCAAAAUAGAAGCUGCAACAUUUGGUUGUCCAAUGCAUGAAGGUCAGGAAUUGAGUAUUUAUGAACCAUUUAAACUACCAAGACGCAUUCCAAAGGGUAACUACUUUGCAACUGCAAAGCUGAUAAAUGAGGAUGGUAUUUGCCUUGGCAUGACAGAAUCCAACAUAAAUCUAUGAGAUAAAUUUAGUGUACAAAUAUAGAAAAAUGAGGUUAAGUGUAUCACUUAACAGCAGCUUGAGUUAGCUUCCACACAAACAGUAUGAAAAUGCACUUGUAUUUCUAAACAAAUUACAAUUUGCCCAUGGAAUUAUGUUAAGUGCAUUAAAUUUAAUAAAUUAUCUUAGAACGUAUUUAUCAACAAUUUCAAAUUAAGUGAUGUCUGCACCCCAAGUAUUGUCCAAUCAAGAUGCAUUAAAAAUGUCUGAUUAUUCAAAGACAAGAAAUCACCUUUGAACAAAGGCCCAUAGAGUCAGUACCAAUUCUUAUCAAUUAUUUCUCAUUACAUCUCAAUACAAUAUGAGAUAAUACUGUCCAAUGUACUGAUAGCUUUGAUUAGUACAGUAGAUGAAACUUAUUUGUCUCACGAUGGAGUCACUUUGGAUGUUGAUUGCAAUGUGUUGACUGUAACACUGCUAGUCUUCAUCAGGCGGUGAGGUUGAUUGUUUAUGUGUUGUUAUUUGUAGCACACUAGUUUGCUGCUGUUAAACCAACGUGCUACAAAUAGUGAGACACACAAUCAACCUCAUCGCCUGAUGAAGACUAUCAGUGUUGCAGUUGAAAUGUCGUGAUCAACAUCCUUGGUGACUCCAUCAUGACAUGAAUGAAUAGAGUUCAUCUCCUAUCUUACACCACGAUGAACAAUAACCACACAUUUUAUUACAUUUGAUUAGCAUGUUAACAAAAGACAAAAGUAUAGUUGAAGAUCAUGGAAAAAACAAAAUUUUAUGUGGAUCAAUUGGAUUA